AUGCACGACUUGAGAAAACAAGCGCUCCUGGAGAGCGGCAAGACCGUCUCGCGCAAGGCUCGCUCCAAAGAAACCACACCGCCUACGAGCAGGAAUAUCAGCCGCGGCAACUCCGCUGUCCCGUCACCACGCGGUUCUCGUGUGGGCAGCAGACAGGGCUCAGACGACGAAGGCGACUUCAGCGACGAUACGGAAUGGAGCACCAACAGCAUUGACGCACUCGUCGCGCCUGGCGAGCUUGACGGCGAUGGAGCAGGUGACGCUUGGAUCGCUGACCUGGAGGAUCGCAUCAACGCCAUUACCGAUCGAAAGAGGAGCUCGACAGAGGGUAGAGAACAGCAGAUGAGCGCAUUCAUCGCGGCCUUAACGCGACACUUUGCGCGUGAGGAGCUGAGACCUAAAGUUGAGGAGCUUUUGCCGGCGCUUCUGAAGUGCGUGAAGAGUGGUCAGUCGGAGAGGGAGAUCAUCUUGGCUUUGAAGGCACUCGCGAUGAUUCUGAUCACGGAGCCGUCUGAGACAAUCUACGAUGCUGUGGAGGGCCCGAUCAAGACCACGAUCAACGAUUCUGAGCACCCGGCUGCUAAGGUGGCUGCCAUACACGCACUCAGCAUAGCGACAUUCUACGGCGGGGCGUCGCUGGACGAGACUCAAGAGGUGAUGGACUUCUAUCUGGAUAUUGCAUCGACAGACGGGGCUGUAAUUGAUGAAGCAGACAAUGGCAAUAUCGUGGUGGCAGCGCUCGAAGAGUGGGGCUUCCUGGCGACUCAGCUCGACGACGUGGAGGACUUGACAGAAGCGGCAAUGGACACUUUCGUCGAUCAGCUUGAGUCCAGCGACGUGGGUGUGCAGAUUGCAGCAGGCGACAACAUUGCGUUGCUCUACGAAAAGAGCUACACCGAGGCGGAGUCAGACGAUGAGCCAGAAGACGCAGAUGAAGAAGACGAGGGCGGAAACCGCAUGGUGAAGCGCUACACUGUCUACCGCCAAACGCACCAACUUCAGCAAAUAUUGGAGAGACUCGCCAAAGCGUCAUCCAAGAGGAUUUCCAAGAAAGACCGGAAGCACCUACACCUGGAGUUCAACGACAUUCUCGGCACAAUCGAAAAGCCAACCCGUGGCCCGCGCUAUAGCACAGCUCUGGACAUCGAGGGCCGCGAGUUGGGCUCGAGAAUGAAGAUCAACAUUGCUGGAGGUGGCAAGAUGACUAUCGACAAGUGGUGGAAACUGCAUCGGUUGAACGGAUUGAAGCGUCUGCUCCAGAGCGGCUUCAUGGUGCAUUACGAGUUCAAUCAGACAGUCUUCGACAGCCUUCCCGUUAUCGUGGAGGAUGACUAG